UUUUUUAAUUAAGAAUCAAAAACUGUAAAAUUACCAAAUUUAAAAUAUAAACCGUGUGUUAUCAAAAUCAGACAUCCCACAACCAUUGACCCCAAGUAACACUUGUGUUACGUAUAUGAAAAUGAUUACUAUUAUUAUUGUACCAACAUCAAUAAUACACCUGUUUGUUUACAACUUACAUUAAAAAAAAAAUCGUGUACUAAGUAUUGUCGUACGUUCAAAGGCAGCAUCCAACCUAGAAGUGAUUAUCUUUAAAUAGCUUCCGUAUUCCACUCUUCACUACACCACAUAACUUACUCUUCUUUUCCUUUCCUUUCCUUUCCUUUCCUUUCACCCAAAUAUACUUCAAAACAGCCAUUAUUUUAAUAGUGCGUGGCUCUUGAAGUUUAGUUUCUUUAAAGAUUAUUCAUUAAUCUCCAAAAGCACGUUAGAAAAUCUCCAGCACCAAUAAUCAUUAACCACGGCAACUCUAAACCCAAACAAAUCCUUAUCUAUCUUAAAUCAGUUAGAUAUAAGGUACAAAACGACACCGUUAUGGCAGAAAACACGCAAAUUCAAACACAAAACGAGUCAAAACGCGUCGUUUUGUUCGGUAAAUACGAAAUUGGAAGAUUAUUGGGCGUUGGUGCAUCCGCGAAGGUGUAUCACGCGACAAACGUUGAAAACGGGAAGAGCGUGGCGGUGAAAGUCAUAAGCAAGAAAAAACUCAUCAAUGGAGAAUUCGCCGCCAACAUUGAACGCGAGAUCUCAAUUCUCCGCCGUCUCCACCACCCUAACAUCAUUGACCUGUUUGAAGUUCUCGCAUCGAAGUCCAAAAUUUACUUCAUCGUUGAAUUCGCCGCCGCCGGCGAACUCUUCGAAGAAGUAGCAGGCAAAGAAAAGCUUACUGAAGGCCACGCUAGAAGAUACUUCCGGCAACUCAUCUCCGCCGUGAAACACUGUCACUCUCGCGGCGUUUUCCACCGCGAUCUUAAACUCGAUAAUCUUUUACUCGACGAGAAUGAUAAUCUCAAAGUAACGGAUUUCGGUUUAAGCGCCGUUAAAAACCAGAUCCGACCCGACGGUUUACUUCACACCGUUUGUGGUACACCGUCCUACGUGGCACCGGAGAUACUCGCGAAGAAAGGCUACGAUGGUGCGAAAGCUGAUGUAUGGUCAUGCGGCGUCGUUUUGUUUGCUCUUACUACAGGGUAUUUACCGUUUAAUGAUUAUAAUAUUACCGUGCUUUAUAGAAAAAUUUACCGCGGUCAAUUUCGUUUACCGAAAGAGAUAUCUUGUGAUCUGAAGAAUCUCUUAUCACGUUUGUUGGAAACGAAUCCUAAGACAAGGAUAACCGUUGAUGAGAUUCUUGAAGACCCGUGGUUCAACUUGGGUGGAUUUAAGUUGGACCGGGUUUUAGUUAAGUCUGAGCUGGAGGGGGAGAAUCGAAUCGGAUUUAAACCAAUGAACGCAUUUGACUUGAUAUCUUUUUCAACUGGGUUGGAUAUGUCGGGUAUGUUUGAGGAAAAUGACGGGUCAGUUUUAAUUGAACGGGUUGUUUCGGCGGAGGUGCCGGCAAGGAUUUUGGAGAGGGUGGUGGAAAUGGUGAAGGGGACAAAAGUAGUGGUGAAAAGAAUGGAGAAUUGUGGUGGAGCAAAGUUGGAAGGGCAAGAAGGUAAUUUGAUUGCUCUUGUUGUGGUUUACCGGUUAACGGAUGAGUUAGUUGUAGUUGAAAUGAAGAAGCGUGGAAAAGGGGAGGAAUAUGGCGCGCAAUUGUGGAAAAAUAAAUUGAAACCUUUUCUUGUUGAGUUGGCUAAGAAACAGGAAGUGCCGGUUUCUCGGUGACUUCUUGUUUAGUUUAUUAAAUUAAAUUGGAUUAUUAUUA